AUGGCGGCGAGGGCUCAUCUUAACAACAAAGAAAGCUUCUUCACGGGCGACGCCGUAGGCGCUGAAGGUUUGCGGAAGAUGAUACGCGUUGACCUUCGAUUUCUAGAUCCCACUAUGCUUGUUCCCGGUUUUGAGUAUUGGGAUCUGUUUUUCUCUUUGCUUUGCCCCUCGUCUGCGGCUUCUUCGUCCGACGCCAUCAACAGCGGUGGAUUCUCGACCCCUGGGUUCUUCACAAUCGGCUGA